ACACAUACACACACACACACAUAUACACAUACACAUACACAUAUACAUAUACAUACAAACAUACGUAUAUGAUAUUAAAAAACAGAAUUUAGGAAAUGUAAGUAUAUAUAAAUCACAGGUUAUUUUCAACAAGGAAUUGCGUAAUAUUUACCAGUAAUGCGUGUUUGAUAACUAUUUCGUUGAAUUUUCAAGCUGGCAACUUUUCUGAGGAAUGAAACGUCACUUAAGACAGCUCGCACCAAACUGAGGAACAUUACUACCCAUGUUACUACCUAUUGUACUCUCGCGCUUGCGCAGUCCAUUGUCAUACGAGUCCCUUCACGAAGUAUUGCUUUAAGGGAAAUAAACAUCUGUUACAUAAUUGCUAUGCAAUCGAUCGUUUACACCUCUUGCGAAGUAAAGGUGUAAAUUCUUUCGCUCUCUCACAGUGGUAUUUCAUUCUACAUAUCACUUAAAUUAAAUGAGAUAAUUGGUUUUAAAAAAAUUUAAAUAAAAAAGUAAAGUUAUUGAAUAUUCAUCUGACAAACCAAAAAGUAAGCAAAUCUAUCUUUUCUCUAUCAGUUGCAUUUUAACAUUCAUGAAGAAAUGAUCUGUGUAGACUGUUUGCAAAUCAGCCUCAAUCGGUUACUGUUGCUCGCAAUUGGUCUAUGGCCUUAUCAGCAAUCUGUACUUGUUCGACUUCAAUUCUUUCUACUUUUUGGAAUUUUAAUGACUUUUAUUUUAUUUCAGUUUACAGCAUUAUUGACUUCUAAAUGUACUCCGGAUUUACUCAUCGAGGUUCUUUCUUCUGCGUUAUUUUGCGUUUUUUUGGCGAUUAAAUACUUUUCAUUUAAUAUUAAUACCGAAGAUAUAAAAUGUUUGUUGGAGCAAUUGCAGCAUAUGUAUGAUGAGCUAAUUGACAAGAACGAAAUUGAUAUUAUAAAAAGACAUGCUAGUUUUGCAAAACGUUAUACGAUUGGGUUAUUAUUGACAGCCAUAUUCUUCACAUUCUCUCUCAUUUUAUACUUAUUUUGGCCGUAUAUUUUAAAUCUUCUGUUUGCUACAAAUGUGACUCAAUCACGUUCUAUGAUUAUAACUGAAUAUUUCAUCGAUCAAGAAAAAUACUACUAUUUGAUAUUGUUUCACGCUAUCGCGGCCGUGGCCAUAGAUGGUACUGCACUAUUAGCGACGGGAGCAAUGUUUAUAACUUAUCUAAAGUAUGUGUGCGGAAUGUUUCAAAUAGCCAGGACGAACGACUCUCUCCGUUGUCACACGCAUGCACAUGAUCGUGAAGAAAUGAUCUGUACCAAUUCAUUACACAUUGGUCUGAAUAAAUGUUUGUUACUCAUAGUUGGUCUAUGGCCUUAUCAGCAAUCUAAACUUAUUCAACUCCAAUUAACUUUGUUUAUUAGUGUUUUGAUGACAUUUAUCUGGGUUCAGUUUACGGUAUUUUUUACUUCAGAAUGUACAUCACAAUUACUCAUCAAUGUUCUUGGGUCUGCAUUAUUUUAUGUUACCCUUGCAAUUAAAUAUAGUUCAUUUAGUGUUAAACUUGAAGUCGUAAAAUAUAUGUUGGAUCAACUGCAACAUAUGUAUAAUGAGCUAACUGACGAAAAUGAAAUCAAUAUCAUAAAACAGUAUGCUAUCUAUGCAAAACGUUACACCAUUAUAUUUACAUUGCUUGUUGCAUUAAUGAUAUUGAUUUUUAUUUUACAUUCGACUUGGUUGAGCAUUUGUGACAUCGUACUCCCUAUAAAUGAAACUCGAACACAUCUUUCGUCGCUUGCGACAGAAUACUUUGUCGAUCACGAAAGAUAUUUCUACUUGAUAUUUUUCCAUACAAAUGCAGCCUUUAUCAUUGGACUACUCACAAUGCUAGCAACGGGAACAAUGUUCAUAGUUUACUUGCACUAUGCGUGCGGAAUGUUCCAAAUUACCUGUUAUCGUAUCGCAGAAGCAAUUACACACGAAACUUUACAAAAGAAUAAUUUACAAAAUGAAAACUUGAUUUACAAAGAAUUAAUUUGUGCUGUGGAUAUGCAUCGCAGAGCUUUAAAAUUUUCUGACUUGAUAAUAUCUAAAUUUAAAUUAAUGUUCUCCCUUUUGAUAUUAGUUGGUGUGAUUUGCGGAACUUUUAACGUUUUUCGGGUUUUUCAGUUGACAUCUUCUGAAUACGACAUUGAAGAACUUUCGCUACGAUUAAUAUUUCUCAUCGUUCACUUUUCUUACAUGUUUGUAGGCAACUAUCUUGCGCAAGAAAUUAUAGAUCGCAACAAUGAUGUAUUUGUUACUGCGUACAACGUUCAGUGGUAUAUAGCUCCGUUGCAAAUACAAAAAAUAAUACUGUUUCUUUUGCAAAGGGGAAACAAGGAGUACACUAUAAAUAUUGCUGGAUUAUUUGUGGCAUCAUUAGAAGGUGCAGCCUCGUUGAUAAGUACUGGAUUGUCGAUUCUCACGGUUCUUUAUUCUACACGAAGAAAAAGGGAAUGUAGAAUAAGAGAAUUGAAUGAGGCAGAACGCCGAGAAAAGUCAGGAAAGGCGAGAGCCAAAUUCAAGAUCAAAUCCUUUGAGCCAGAAGAUCUGAUCAAAAGAAUGUGUAAGACGUUGUCUUCAUUGAGAAAAUCCAAGGGUAUAAUAAAGAAGAAGAAAGACGCAAGCGGCAGAAGAAAAUUGGCGGUGAAAAGAAAGGACGAAACAAGAGGUGGCAAACUUUUAUCUGUCGCCAAUAUAUUUGUGGCAUCCUUGGAGUGUUUUGCUACGUGUUACGCCCGUGACCAUGAAAUCUUCGAGGAUUUCACGCUCAUUCUGGUAUUUGACAGCCAGAUUGCAAAGAUCGACACAAGACAAGAGAAAGUCGCUUGUUGCUAUAGAGUUGGUAUUUAUUUGGUUAUGCUUGUAACAAUAUAUAUAAUAACAUUUUCAUAUAUUUGUAGGCUGUGCAAAUAUUUCACGUGCAAUUUUGAUGGGACGUUCUUCAUAUUAGUAAUAAUUGAUGUGGUUAUAUUAAGCCUCAAUCAUUAUCGAAUUUUUCAAUGUUUGUCAGAUGGAAGUGACAAACAAGAACUGAUACUGCAUGUCGAAAUUGUAAUUAUCAGCCUUUUAUACAUGUUCCUAGCAAACUACGUUGCACAAGAAAUUACGGAUCAUAAUAAUCACGUAUUUAUCACUGUAUAUAAUGGUCACUGGUAUAUAGCACCGUUACAUAUACAAAAAAUUAUAUUAUUUUUGUUACAAGUGGGCAACAAAACAUUUGGCCUGAGUUGUGGCGGAUUGUUUACAGGAUCUUUAUAUACCUUCGCAACACUAGUGAAUACGUCAAUGUCUUACUUCACCGUUCUAUAUUUAACACAGAAGCUUUGACAUGUGAAUAUAUCAUCUAAUAACAUAUUAGAGAAUUAAGUGAAUUACACAGAGGUCUCGGCCUCAUUACGCGGACGUGUUAUACAAUGAAAGAGAUCUAUUUAACUGUUUGAUUAAAUAUAGAAAAUGUAAA